CCAAAAAAGCUUUUACAAACAAAAAUCGCAGUGCCGCAAAACCAUCAGAGUUAACUGGAAAAAAAAAAUACACAGGAACCCAUUCGUACGCCCGCAUCCCGCGUAACUGAACUGUCGAAUUUUACGACGAAAAUUCCGGUGCGGUGGUGGCGAGUCACUUUUUUUUAAUUUUUUUUGGUGCCAGUGCAAGUUCGUGCCGGAAAUUUAUUUGGUUUCGAUUAUGUGAUAUGCCCGGUAAUAAUCGACGUACAGUGGUUCCGUUUUCCGUUGUGAUCUGAUUUGUUUUGUUACGUUUUGUGCGUAGUUAUGUGUUUACGUUCGGGUUUUUGGGAGUUAUCGAUCUAGUCGGGCCUACCCCAAAAAGGGUUUUCUGUCCGGAAUUGAAUUUUGAGUAUGCUAGGAAGCCCCGCAGGGCCGGGUGCUGCCUCCCAGAGAGGAUUAUGGCCCCUGGCCCCGGCCAAUCCGGCCACCACUUUCCCAACUCCUGACGCGUUGAGCAAGUAUGGGAUCUACUCGUUGUUUCCGCAACAGGCGUUGCAGAACACCCUGUAUUCGCACGCCAGCAUCGGACGGUUCGCGUCCGGCCACAUUCAACAGUCCUCAGGAAAUGCAUUCCAUGCAGCACAAAAAGAUUCGAUUUUCACAGCGGGCUACACGUUCGGGGCACCGACUCCACCGCCCGGCUCGCCUUACUCCCCCAUACCGAUGGCGACCUCCACCUCCGCCCUCGAUCUGAUGAAGAGCUUCAGCACCGGCAUCUUCGUGCAGACCGAGACACCGAAAAAGAUCCAAAUCCAGGAGAAAAGGUGCGACGAGAAGUGUUGCAGUGUGAAGCAGAAAGCAUGCAACUGUCCCGGAUCGCCGCUCAAAAUCGCGACCGCCAAGUAUAGCGAGAGCGUGGUGCAAACGGGGUGCUCGAGGACGAACCCGAUCGAAUGGAACGGGGUCAAUGUGAAGAAGGAGCCGGGCACGCCGUGUCAGGUGGCCGAAAUCACCACCAGCGGGUCGCCGGUGGUGAAGCUCGAAGUCACGAGUCCCACGCAGAAGAUCACGGAGUCCGCGAGCAUCAUUAACAAUUCUAUUAUUGGAACUAAUGAACAAGUGGCGGGUAGCAUGGCUGCUGCCGCGACCGGGUGCCCGUCCCUCGCCGCGCCCAUCCUCCAGUGCGGCGACGACCGCGCCGCUGCAUUGGCGGGGUGGCAGAUGAGCGCCGCCCACGGUUCCGCCCUAGCCGCUCCCACCGUUUGGCAGUAUCCCGCGCCUAUACCAAUGGAACCAAUGGUUCCCAGCGUACCGCACGCUGGCUUCCAAUUAAUCCGGGAUCCCAACUCUGGUGGUUUGCUCCUAUUACCAACAACCACUGGUCUAGAACCGUUGCAACAGGUGGUUUGGCCGAGUUACCCCCAACCGCCUUCAGUUCUUCUGCCUUCAUUACCGUCAUUGCCGUCUUUACCGCCACCUCCUCUGCAGCUGUUGAGUUCUGCGUCAGAUUACCUAUCGAGCAGCACCACGCUCCAUCAGCACACCCAAACCCACAGUACAAGACUGGUUGCAGUCACCACAGACGCCAAACGAAAAAUCCCCAUGCCCAUACCGGCGACCACUCUCAUCAAAAUCGAAACAGACGCCACCACGUUAGACCAAACCAAAACGUUACAAGCUGUUAGCACCAUUGCUAGCAAUACCGGAACCGUCUACACGGAUUCCAGCAUGACUCCCUUGGUCACAACGCACCUGAUCUAUCAGCAUCCCACUAAUUUAAUCCUGUCGCAAACUUCCACCAACGAAACUACCUGCAGGUCACAAGCCACGUCACCGGUAGCGUGUCUGACACCACCUCCGGACAAUGUCCAAAUACAAGAGGAGGAAACGCAAGUCCAAGACGCCAGCAACCAAACCGACACACCUAUCUGUAGUGAAGACGACAACACUACACACACAGUACCGGAAAUAACAGAACCAAAAGUUGUGGAAGAAGAUGCUAUUCCGGAGUACCCGCAAGAAUCAGUACCUGAACCGGAAAUCGAACAGCCAGGUCCAAAAAUUACAGAAAUCCUCGAGGAACCCGCAAUUCCUGAAACGAAGGAGCCUGAAAUAUCCGAAGAGACUGUGCCUGCAAACAAACCUGAUCUUAGCGGGCUUGAAUUACUUUCGAACAGUAUCGUGGAGUUUGAGAGCUGCAGGAGUUCGACGGAGGAUGAAAGUGUAGUUUUAGAACCCAAAGAAAAUAACAUAGAAAUACCUAAGGUAGUUCCGGAACUUGAACCUGACGUUGUAAAGAAACCUGAAGAAAGCUUGGGUGGUUUAGAUCUUCUCUGCGCAUUAGCCGAGCAGAGAAUAAUGGAGGAGUGCACGGAAAAACCCAAAGAAGAUUUAGAUUUAGACACACAAGAAAAAGUUAAAAGUGAUACAGUAAAAAUUAAAGAAAAAGAACGCGACCGGGAGAGGCGACGAGAAAAGAGAAAGUCUAAGAAACAUUCGUCCGACGAACCUAGACGAAAGAAGAUGAAAAGUGAGAGACGAUCAGACGAAGACAAAGAACGCAAGAAACACAAAAGUAAACGCUUAGACGUUGAUAAAGAAAAGCAAAAAUGCGAUUGCCAAGUCAAAGACUUCAGGUCUUAUAAAACUCCCGAAACAGAGGAAGAAGUAAAAAAAUUCAUUGCUAGUAAAACUCAGACCACUUGUUGCAAAGGCGAAUGGCCUUGCAUAAAUCCUAAUGAACUAGAUAUGAGGAUGAAACUCGCGGAAAUUCAAAGACAGUACAAAGAAAAGCAGAGGGAACUGAGCAAGUUGAAACCAAAGAAGCACCAUGAAUGCUCCAAAAAAAAGUCAAGGAAGAAGUCGACUAAUUCUGAGAGAAGUUUAACUCCUCCACCAUUGUUGGAUAAAAUUGAUACAAAUGUUAAACCUAAAAAUGUUCCCGAGUUAUUAAAACCGCCUACUCUUUGUCCGGUUGAAGGUUAUAUAGCCGAGAAACGACCACACACUCCGUCUGAUGUGGACUCAUCUCCUGAGAAGUCUUCAUCCAAGAAACGCAAGGUUGGAAGGCCUAAAAGACUAAUGACUAGUUCUGGAUAUCAAGUUACGACCGAAACGAUUGUAGCAAAAAAGCCAAAGACCAAUUUUGUGGGUUACCUUUUGGCAGCUAAAGAAAAAUUGCAGCUACAAAGCAAAGUCUAUUCAGAAAGUCCUCCUAGAUAUUUGGACGACAUAGCAACAACCACCCCCAAGAUUAAGAAGAUAAAAAAUAUCAACAACAACAUAGAAACUGAGAAACCUAAGAUUAGACCCAAGUUAAAGGCCGAACCGACUAUUAAACCAUAUUUGGAUGAAGAAAAUAAUGAUUACGAAUAUGAAGCAGAGGCUGAGGAUGAAGAUGACGACGAGAUCGUUGAUCACAUAGAAAUCGACAUUGACGAAGCUGAACACGCUGAAAUACUUGAGGAAUCACUCACUCAAGUAACUGCUGCGUCUAAAGUGGAAGAAUCACCGGAAGACCCGGAAGAAGAAAUUGUAGAGGAAGUAAAACCUGACGAUACUAGAUGUACGUUGACUGCUGAACUUCUGGAAGUGGAUAAAUUAAGAGUGCUGACCGCUAUGGGAGGUUUGUUUUAUGCUGGAUGUUUGAACGCUUUGGAGCCUCCAGAUGUGUAUUCAAUUACGUUAGAUGGGGAAAGAGGAAAUCGGCCUCAUAUAAUGUCCAGGGAGGAGAUUUUAAGAGAUGCUAUUGUAGAAGUGUCGCCAAAAAGUACAGAAGAUUUACCAGUUGGUACCAGAUUGUGUGCUUACUGGAGCCAGCAGUACCGUUGCUUGUAUCCUGGUAGUGUUGCAGAACCUGGUACUCCAGAUCCUCAGUUAGAUGGAAAAUUUGUUUCUGUCGAGUUUGACGAUGGAGACAGCGGUAAAAUCGCACUGGAAGACAUAAGAUUCCUUCCGGCAGAUUAUCCUAUCAUAGAAUAUGACCCAAAUCCCCUUUUGAGCCUAAGUAAAAGGAGACGGCGAGCUUCUACAAGCAUCUCGACAGAAGAGCGCAGAUCGUCGAUCUCCACCAACAAUGAAUCUCAUAGCGACUCGAAGAGUUUCGACGUAGAAAAAGAAAACAAGGACCUAAACAAACCGGAUAAAACAGAAAAACCGACCGAAUACAAGGAAGCUAAGAAAAGACUGAAGAAAAAGAAACGCGAAAAACUAAAGGAGAAGCUAAUGCACGAUGAUAAGAAGAAAAAGAAGAAACAUAAGUGUGUGGAUGAUAACUGCAAACACAAGAAACAUAAGAAGCACAAGAAACACAAGAAACAUCACGAAAAGGAACGUGUCGAAGAGAAGCCUAUUGUAGAGACUCAACAACCUGUUGAAGAAGUGGACGAAGAUGUGCUUGAAGAGGAAACUUAUCCUGAAUAUCAUGUAGUGGCAAAUCCUGACGACGAAGUCACAAUGGAUGACAUUUUGGAAUCAGAGCAGAUCAAGAAGUCGAAGAAGUUGAGGAAUAGACAAGAAUCUUGCGAGAGUAGAAGUAAAAUCAGCGCAUUUUUGCCUGCGAAUCAAUUAUGGAGAUGGGCUGGUAAAGGUUACAAAAGGUCAGUUAAAGGCAGGUCCAAGAAGUGCUUUUAUAAAUCCAUACAAAGAGGAAAUGAAUUCAUAACUAUUGGUGAUUGUGCGGUAUUUUUAUCCACUGGAAGGCCGGACAGACCGUACAUUGGAAGAAUUGAAUCUAUGUGGGAGGUGUGUGGUACCAUGAUAGUCAAAGUGAAAUGGUUCUAUCAUCCUGAAGAAACGGUUGGUUGUCCUCUGAAUCUCCAAUAUCCAGGUGCCCUGUUUGAAUCUCCACAUGCAGAUGAAAACGACGUGCAAACCAUUUCUCACAAAUGCGAAGUGGUACCAUUGAAGGAGUACAGGGAGAAAUUGGGGAAUGAUCCACAGAGAUACGCCACGAUAUAUGACAACAACGAUAUUUAUUACUUGGCCGGUUAUUACGAUCCUGGUUCUAAGAAUUUGAAAAUGGAGGCGGGAAUACCAUUUUUGGACGCGGAAUAAUCUGAAGACGAUCUGUAUGAUGCAAUAAUUUAAAUCUUACAACAAAUCAUGUAUUUAUUAUAUAAGAUAGUGAUUUUUUGGUGCUAUAUGGACUUGAAUGUUGAGUUUGUUUCGUUUAUUUUUGUUUAGAUGGAAAAGGUUUAUGAGGUUGUCCGGUUGGUGCAGUUGACCGCCGAGAGGUGAUAUUAAUUAAUAUUAAUGGACUGAAUUGACAGUGGAAGAGAUGCUAGUGAGUAGGUCAGAUGUAUGACUUAAAGUAUAUUUUUUGUGAUUUUUGGUCCAUCCUAAGGCACAUUAAUUUUCUAUUUGAUAGAAAAAAUCAAUUAGCGUACCCAUAUAAGAACAUUAAUAAUAAACAUCAGUACAAUUUAGAUUUGUAAGACAGUUAUAUCUAAACUAUGUAGAUUUUAGAUAGCGUAUACAUAAAUGGAUGUAACUUAUACAGGGUGGCUCAGGAAUUUAAUUUUUUGCACCAGCUACAAUAGCAAUAGUUACAUUUACAUAUCUGCACUUGGAAUGAAAAAAGCAGUGAUGUUAUAUAAAUUCUGUUUGGUAACUUCUGAAACCUGAGCAUAUUAAAUUUCAACAUCCUGUAUUUAUUCUUAUGUAUACUGUAAAUGUAGCGAGAUUUUUCUAUCAAAUUUUUCGUGUACCCCUUUGUAAAUUGUAAAUAUGAAACAGAUGAGAAUGAUAUAUUUUGAUAUUAGGACCAAUAGAGUCAUUUUGGUCGUUUUUACUGAACAAUUGGCGGCCAUUUUUUUGGAAAAUUUAAGAAAGAAAAAAAAUCUAUGUAAAAAAUACAAAAAAAUAACAAUCAAUUUAUGUAACUUUUGGACUGAAUGAAAUGGUGCCUAAUUUUUGUAAAAUAUAGACUAAAAAAAUGACCUGGUGACACACUAUUGGCAUUUAAUAUUUUGGAGUUUAUUUUCAAGUCAUACAAAAAUUUCAAUUGACUGUUCUUUUUUGUGUGACUUGAAAAUAAUAAAAUAUAAGAAUAUAAAUGUGCAAUGUACUCAAAUAUAUAGUACUUAGAUUAUAUUAAUAGCCUUUUAGGAAACAGUGGCUUGAAUAUAUAUUUUAGUUUUUUAUCUCUGUGAAAAGAAAAUCUUCCACUUGUACAUUUUCAGUUAAAUAUUACAGAAUUAUACGCUUAAAACACUUAGUAUAGGUGCUUAAGUAUACUUACUAGUUUUAAUUUUUUAUUAUAGUAUUUCUUAUGUUUUACUGGUCGAUUAUUUUUUAAAAGUACUGUAGAGAGCCUUAAAUCUUUGCAUAAAAUGUAAAUUUUUUGCAUUUGUUACAUCACUUUGUGUUAUCAUUUUAUCACUUGUUAUAGAGUGUUUGUUUUCAGUGAAUGUCUUUUUAUAAGAAUUUUAUGUUAUUUUUAAAACGUCGAAUAUUUUAUAUUGAAUAUUUAUUUGUAAAAUAUCUAAGUAUUAUUAUUGUAUUUUUUUGCACUUAGAGACAUUCAUAUUAAACGAUUUAUUUAUAAUAUUUAUGCUAUUACAAUGCGCAAGUUUAACCUAAUAAGGUUGGAACUGGACAUUGACAAAAAAAUACGUAUUUGUAUAAAAAUCUAUGUUUUUCUAGAAUAGUGACAAAAAUUUGAUGAGAUAUUUUAUUACUUGUAUAGAAGUGUUAUUUUUGCAUAUUUUCAAUAAUAUGGUGCUGCAUUUUUUUGAGAAAUAAAAAGGGAAAUCAAAAUUUUGGGGCUUGAAAUCCUCAAAAUUAGUAUCAGGGUUGAGAGGAAAGAAUAUGCCACUGUACAUAUUUUUUGCUUGUAUAUAUUUUGGCUUACAAUUUUAUCAUAAAUAUAAGUAUUCAUUAGA